AUGCGCUUGACGAUCCUCGUCAUUAUCAUUGCCAUUAUUGCGUCCACCCUUGCCGCGCCGAUAGACCGUGAUGAUCUUCGCGGCAGAGCUGUCCCCUGGAAGCAUCUGGAGUCGGGGCUCGGCACGGGGCUCAAAGCAAUAAGCCGCGCUGCUUCAGGGUGGGGCAUCUACGCGGCCAUCAGGAACAAGUACCAAGCUCAAGAUGCGCACAAAGAACACCGACACCUGAUAGGCGCCCCACCUGUCUCCUCCGGACCAGCCGCUCCUCACUAA